AUGGACCAGGCUCGAGAAAAAGGCUCCAACGAAGAACCUGGCUCACAAGAAAUAGUGCAGCCUUCCGACCUUUCGUGUUCGGAUUCGGUAAACGAAAGAAGACUGCUGUGGAAAAUAGAUGUGUUCGUCUUAUCCUUCGUUUGCUUGCAAUACUGGAUUAACUACGUUGACAGAGUUGGCUUUGCCAAUGCUUAUGUUUCCGGUUUGAAAGGCGAUUUGGGGCUCCGAGGUGACCAGUUCAAUGUGAUCAACACUUGCUUUACAGUCGGAUACGUUUUGGGUAUGAUUCCUAACAACCUGAUACUCUUAGUGGUCCAGCCACGGAUAUGGCUAAGUUUCUGCACCUUUGCGUGGGGGAUAUUAACGCUGUCUAUGUACAAAGUUACCAGUUUUCAGCAAUGCUGCGCAAUUCGGUUUUUCCAGGCUAUAUUCGAAAGUUGUACUUUUUCUGGCACUCACCUUAUCUUGGGUUCGUGGUAUCGCGAAAAUGAGCUUACCAUCCGUUCGGCCAUUUUCACAAGUAGUGGAUUGGUGGGAUCGAUCUUUAGUGGGUUUAUGCAGGUGGGAAUUCACGAUUCCUUGGACGGGCGCAGAGGAUUGGCUGGAUGGAGAUGGCUUUUUAUUGUUGAUUUCUUGAUUACCAUACCCAUUGCUAUCUACGGCUUUAUUUUUUUCCCCACGACUCCGGACCACAUGAAAAGCCAGUCGGAUGUCCCACGAUGGCUAUUUUCCAGCCAAGAGCUUGAGUUUGCUAAGCGUAGGUUGCCAACACGCGAUGAACGUGCAAAGCUGGACUGGUCGGUAUUCCGCCGUGUUCUUGGUAGAUGGCAUUGGUGGCUUCUUUCACUACUUUGGAUUCUAGGCGGCGAAAAUCUCUCUUUAGCGUCUAAUUCGACUCUUGCUCUAUGGCUGCAGUCCCAAGGAUAUUCUUUGGCAGACAAAAAUCAGUACCCAAUGGGCAUAUACGCGGUGGGAGUCGUUGCUACUUGCGGUAGCGCUAUUUACAUGGAUAAAUUCCGUCAUUCGCAGCAUUGGCAUGUUGCGCUUUUCAUUGGUGUUGUAAUGUGCGUUGUGGCAGUCAUGGUGCGAGCCGCACCUAUCAGUCCUGGAGUAUUGUUCACAGCUCAAUACUUAGGUGGUGUUGCGUAUGCCGCACAGGCCGUAUUUUUUAGCUGGGCAAAUGUCGUGUGCCAAAAUGACCUACAAGAGCGUGCCAUUGUUUUGGCAUCUAUGAAUAUGUUUUCCGGUGCUGUAAAUGCUUGGUGGUCAUUACUGUUUUACUCUGCGACCAUGGCUCCUCGAUACGAACGUGGAUGUUAUGCAUUGAUUGGAACUGCCAUUGGAAGUAUUGUGUUGGCGGCACUGAUCCGCUGGCUCCAGCGCCGGGACCAGAAUCAGAAUCAGGGGAAGCGCUUGAACUACGUUGCUGCCGAGGCGUGGAAUUGA